AUGGCGUCCUCGGCUCUGCUCAGCAAAGGGCUCCUGGAUGCGGCUGAGGUGGUGUCUGGAAAAGACUUGGUCGCCGUUGAGGGCGCGGCAGAGAAGGUUGCGCAGGUCGGAGUUGAUGGCUGCACAAGCAUUCUGCGUGGAGCGCUGUCCUCCUUGACCGGCGCGCCCAAGCCUGUGGUCCUGGUGGUGGAUCUGAAUGCUCACACUGGAGACCUUGGCCGCGCUGUGGUCAAGGAGAACUUCCUGCAGAGCAUGGGGGGGAUGAACCUGUUCUACUUGGGGCUCCAUGCCACCCAGAGCGAUGGGCAAUCGUGUCCAAGCCAUUUGGUUGUGGCCACUGUGUUGGGGCCAGUGGUGCGUCAUAACGUGUGUGGUGGUAAUGAUGAGGCACUGCCGAAGUAUCAAGCGAAUCAUGGCCAGGUGGACUGGGCCUUGCAGCAUCACACCGAGAAGCUGGCCGAGCAGCUCAGCAAUGGCAACUUCAAACCGUUCAUCAGCCUGCCGGAAAGGAACGCAGAGCUUGUAGCUGCGCAGCCACCGCCACCCAACCUCUCCUUGCUGGCGUACUCCAAGACCAGGCUUCCAGGCUCCACCCUCCAGACCCUGUCCACGCCUGCCAAAGUCUUGGCUGCCUGGCAUGACCACAGCAUCUUCAAGGGUGAGUUCAGGGAGUUCUUGCAGAAGACCUCUGAGAAUGAAGACGACGGCAAGAGCAAGAAGCGAAAAACCAAUGUGCCGGGCGCUUUGCCAUCCGGCAGCAAGACCGACGGUGACGGUGACAAGGCGGCCAUUGCCGAGGAGGACUUUUUCGAGCCCAGCAACUUGAAUCCUCUGAGCCAUGAGGCUCACCUUGUCGGAUCUGGCAACCUGAGCGCGGUGAUGCUCGUGGUCACAGUUGGCGAGGGCGCCUACUUGCAAAACACGCACGCCGAGCCCAUCACGAUCCGCAAAGGGACCACCUUGGCUGGCUACUACAAGGGCAAGUUCUGGGCGCCGACGGGAAAGGAAAAAGAGGAGAUUGGCCCAGCCGAUGUGCUGUUCUCCUUGGAGGGCUCGCAGGACUGCAUCAUCUUGGGCGGCAAGUACAUGAGCCUCCUGGACACGAUCAAGACGAAGCGAUCGCUGAGCCCAAGUGACGCCCACGUGGGGUAUCACACCUUGACGGAUUCGCCCUCAGCCACGGAGCCGGCGGCAUUUACACUCAGCCCCAAGCAGGCCCAGGUGUACUUCAAAGCCUCUGAUUUUCCCGCGAAGGUGGUGAAAACGGAAGGCGCUGAGGCCGGCCAGGAUGAUGUCGCCAAGAUCCCUGCAGCGCACAUGGCCGGGACCCUGCCAGCCAGCGUCAAAGUGGAACGGUAA